AUGUCUGCCAAGGCAUCUAACCAGGAGAUGUGCAAAACUCCCAGUAGAGAAGGCCACCAUGCCAAGGGAAUUGGGCCAGAGAGAGUCUCUGGAAACCUCGGCCACCUCACUAGUGGGAGAUAUAGGGAGGCCGGGGUUGAACUUUGUUUAGAGGACAAUGCCUCGGAAGAGUUUGUCAUAGGCUCCAGAAGGGAUGACGGAAAGGUGUAUGCAGGCUGUGGCUCCUGGAUAAAUGAAAAAGCCUGGGGAUGUUUGUUCAGCGCUUCUACAGACUCUGUGUUCUGUAGAAGUGCUGCUACUGUAUUUUGGACCCCCGAACAACUGAAAACCAGGAGUGUCACUGGAACACUUUCGAACAAGGCACGGCAUCUUGGCUACACUGAGGCAAAGCCAGCGCUGGCACCAGAGAAAGUAUCUUCUCUAAAGGCAUUGUUCGCCAUUUACAUGGGUGACAUGCCAAAGGAGGUGUCAGACAAGAGAAUGAAGGCGGCCGAAAACACUUGUCGCAGAAGCUCGGCGAUAUGCAGCGGUGGUGAACUCUGCGAAUGCAUGUUGAAAUAAACUAGCUUGAGCCUUCAGGUUC